AUGUGGCGCCGCCUUGUCCUAGGGUUCGCCGCGUUGGCUUCGGGUUGUGACUACACCAAGAUCCAGAGCGCUGUCAGUUCCAUCUCCACCAGCUCUACCUCGGCGCACAGCAUCUUCAUCUACGCUGGCACUUACACGGAGCAAGUCACAAUUCCGUCUUUAUCCGGAAAGUUAACCAUAUACGGAUACACAAGCAAUACUGCGUCUUAUAGCAGCAAUGUUGUCAACCUGGACUGGAGCUCAAGCCUUGCUAGCGGUGCUGCCGACGAUGAGCAUACCGCCGCAUUGAUCAACCUCUCCAAGAACGUUGCAGUCUACAACAUCAACAUCAAAAAUACCUACGGCAAAGGAUCCCAGGCUAUUGCACUGUCCGCAUAUAACACCGAACAAGGCUACUAUGGCGUUGGCUUGUACGGCUAUCAGGAUACUCUGCUUGCGGAGACGGGCAAUCAAGUCUAUGCUGCAUGCUACAUUGAGGGCGCAGUUGAUUUCAUCUUUGGGCAGCACGCUCGCAUCUGGAUCACCAAGUCGGUAAUUGCAGUCAGUGCUGGCGGCGGGUGUAUCACUGCCAACGGACGGUCUUCGUCUUCUGAUGUGAGCUACUACGUUAUCAAUGACAGCACGAUUCAGGCUGCCUCCGGUGACUCAGUCUCCUCCGGUACCGUUUACCUCGGUCGCCCUUGGAGCGAGUAUGCACGAGUCUGCUUUCAAGACUGCAGUCUGUCUAGCAUCAUCAACAGUGCAGGCUGGAGCCAAUGGAGCAGCAGCACACCCAACACUGAGUAUGUUACCUUUCAAGAGGUUGGCAACACAGGCACCGGUGCCAGUGGCACGCGUGCGAGCUUCGCAACCAAGAUUAGCGCACCGCUCACCAUCGCGACCAUUAUUGGAAGCGAUUAUACAAGUUGGGUUGACAGCACAUACCUUUAG